CACUGUUUCAACAAGAGGGGCAGGACGUUUGAGUUGGAGUUUCAUCCUUCAGACACCUCACUUCUCCUCUUAGAGCCCCGCAAGAGCUGUGGGACUGGAGUGGCCUGUGUCUUGUUCUAUUGGGGUCCAGUGCUUCCACCUGCUUCAUUACACGGCAUAGAUCCAGGAAGCAUUGCUUUGUGAGGCUUUGGUGUGAAUCACAUUUCUCUCUUCUAAAGAUGAGCCAUAGAGAGGAACCUUAUGAAGUUUUGAGAUUUCUUCAGUCUCCUUCAGACUCUCAGAGAAGAUCAAACCCUGAUGGCACUCCAAGGUUUGGAACUGGUGAGAAAGAGUUUUCAGUGCCCUGGCAUCUCAUUGUGGUGACUCUUGGAAUGUUCUGUUUGAUUCUCUUGAUGACACUCAUAGUGUUGGUGAUUCAGAAUAUUCAUCAUAUUCAAGAAAAACAUGAACAAGCGGAAAUUAUAGCAAAUUUAACUCACAAGUACAGGCAUGAGGGAACCACUUAAAGGAGCAACUUUUGUCAAAUAAAUCCUUAGAAUGAAGCACUCUCAAAAAUGAAAGUGUUCUGCAGAAAAAUAAGCUGUCAUCAUCUUUUGUAAAAAAGGAAGGAUGCUGUGCAAAAGGACACGUGUCUUCAAAGUCUCUACAAAAUCGAAGUAUGGAAGAAAAGUAGGAUGAUACAUUGCAGUGUGUCCAUUCAUUUGUCCCCCGUCUAGAAGCCUUGAGGUCUAAUAAAUAGGGUUUUACAUGGUGAUCUUUGGAUCUACUGGACAGCUUGUAAUUGAUUGUAUAAUUUUGUAAUUGUCAUUAGGAUGUGGAAUCCCUGGAACCAAUUUGUGUAAAUGGAGUCCUACUGUUCCCCAAACUCAAUCACUUCCUUGCCUCCCUUAAUACUCCAGUAGGUGAAAUAUGAUGCUAGCACUCUUAAACAUUAAGAUGAUUAGUGUGUUGCUCACUUUAUUAAAAAC